AUGCCAUCUCGUUAUCGCAUUGCAACGGCUUAUACUUAUUGUUCUCCACCUCCACCUCCACCAAGUCUGCCGUCUCAUGAUCCGAAAUCUCCACCUCCCCCAGUGACGAUUCCUAUAGCUCCACCGCCAAAUUUAACGCCUCCUGGUGGUAGUAAUGAUACACCGCCUGUAAAACCUCCUGAUCAACAAGGUGGAAAAAUCCCACCCUCACCACCAACAUUGCCACCACAACUAGUUCCUCCGCCCCCUCCCUCAUCAAGUUCAAAUCCUGGAUCCGUCUCCGCUCCUCCUCCGAGUGGUCCUGGCAACCAACCACAACCACCAACGUCUUCUCCUCCAGGUCCUCUUCCACCACCACAAAUUCCGAGUUCACCACCAAAGACUUCCAACAGUCCUCUUUCACCUUCACAAACUCCGAGUUCACCACCAAACACUUCCAAUAAUCCUAUUUCAACACCACAAACUCCAGGUUCACCACCACAAACUCCAGGUUCACCACCAAACAAUUCCAAGAUUCCACCUUCAUCAACUUCUUCACCAUCAAAUACCUCGCAAUCUUCAUCUUAUUCACCAGGAAUACCAUCUUCUACGCCACCACAAAACUCGCAAUCACAAAGGCUAGCACCUUCAUCACUACCUUCAGAAGGUGGUAAAGUCCCUUCGCUAUCGCCAUUAAGUUCACCUCCUUCGGCAUUAACACCGCUUCCCACACCGACUAUUCCUUCGAGUACUUUUCCUCCUCCACCAUCUAGUAAUAGUAUUGAUGUUGCUCCGCCAUCAGGGGGAGGCGGAAAGCACACAACAAUUAUUGCGGUAGGCGUAUCAAUAGGGGGUAUCUUCCUCCUAGCAUUUGCUGUUGCUCUCUUUUGCUUAUAUAAGAAAAAGAAGCGCGUCAUGGUCCCAACUGCAGCUUCUUCUUGA